GUUAGAAUUUGGUGAGGGACAGGGGAGGGGAGCCCAUUAGGACAGUAGGAAAGAAAUAGAACCGCAACGUACGCCAAUCGCCUGAAAAAGGCGCGGCCGCAUGACACGCAGCCUCAACCGAAAGUGACUGCGGCUGGUGGUGGCGUCGCGCUCCUGAAUUUCGCCGCGAUCACCUCCUUCGACGAUCCCCUUUAGAGAGAGAAAGCAAGAGAGAGGAGAGAGGGGAGAGAGAUAGAGAGAGAGAUGUGGGUGUUCUACCUGAUCUCGCUGCCGUUGACGGUGGGAAUGGUGAUUUUGACUCUCAGGUACUUUGCCGGACCUGAGGUUCCUCGCUACGUCUUCCUCACCGUCGGAUACACCUGGUUCUGCUCCCUCUCCAUCAUCAUCCUCGUCCCUGCCGAUAUCUGGACGACGACACAUGGGAUGUGGAAUGGAGGCAUCUCUUUCUUUUGGAGCUGGUCGUAUUGGAGUACAUUUUUACUAACUUGGGCUGUGGUCCCCCUUAUUCAGGGUUUUGAGGAUGCUGGAGACUUCACUGUAACAGAGAGAUUGAAAACUAGUGUACAUGUUAAUCUAGUGUUCUAUCUAAUUGUCGGAUCAAUUGGCCUUUUUGGACUUAUUCUCCUAAUUAUGAUGCACAAGACUUGGAGUGGAAGUGUUCUGGGUUUUGCCAUGGCCUGCUCAAAUACUUUUGGACUUGUCACUGGUGCUUUUCUUCUUGGCUUUAGUUUGAGUGAAAUUCCCAAGAGCAUUUGGAGAAAUGCAGAUUGGACCACUCGACAGAAAGUUCUUUCCCAUAAAAUUGCUAAAAUGGCCGUGAAGCUUGAUGAUGCCCAUCAAGAACUUUCAAAUGCUAUAGUGGUCGCUCAAGCAACAUCCAAUCAAAUGUCAAAGCGUGAUCCUUUGAGGCCCUACAUGGAUGUUAUUGAUAACAUGUUAACUCAAAUGUUCAGGGAAGACCCUUCCUUCAAACCACAAGGUGGCCGACUCGGAGAAAAUGAUAUGGACUAUGACACUGAUGAGAAAUCGAUGGCAACACUGAGGCGUCAUCUUCGUGGAGCUCGAGAAGAGUAUUAUCGUUACAAAAGCGAGUAUAUGACUUAUGUCAUGGAGGCCCUUGAACUGGAAGACACUAUAAAAAACUAUGAACGACGUAGUUCGACUGGAUGGAAAUAUGUUUCAAGCUUAAGACCUACUCGGACUGGAAAAUUGGGCUCUUUUAUUGAUUCCUUGGAAUUUCUUUGGCGCUGCAUACUAAACAAGCAAGUUCAAAAAGUUUUGGCUAUCAUUCUUGGUAUCAUGUCAGCUGCCAUUCUUUUAGCAGAGGCAACCCUACUUCCAAGAUUAGAUUUAUCUCUUUUUUCAAUCCUCAUAAAUUCUGUUAAAGGGCAAGAAGUUCUUGUACAGAUAUUUGCUUUUGUUCCUCUGAUGUACAUGUGCAUCUGCACAUACUAUUCCUUGUUCAAAAUUGGGAUGUUGAUGUUCUACUCACUAACACCAAGGCAAACAAGCUCAGUCAACUUGCUCAUGAUAUGCUCUAUGGUUGCUCGGUAUGCUCCUCCAAUUUCAUACAACUUUCUCAAUCUCAUUCGUCUUGAUACAAUUAGAAAAACUAUAUUUGAGAAGCGAAUGGGGAAUAUUGAUCAAGCUGUCCCCUUCUUUGGGAGCGGGUUUAACAGAAUAUAUCCACUUAUUAUGGUUAUAUACACGCUGUUGGUUGCUAGCAAUUUCUUUGACCGUGUAGUUAACUUUUUUGGAAGCUUGAAGAGAUUCAGAUUCCAAACGGAGGUAGAUGAUAUGGAUGGUUUUGACCCUUCUGGAUUAAUUAUCCUACAAAAAGAAAGAUCUUGGCUUGAACAAGGCAGCAAAGUUGGUGAGCAUGUUAUUCCAUUGGCAAGGAAUUUCAACAACACAGAUAUCGAGUCUGGCAGCAAUGGCACGGGUAGGACUGCUGUUGAAAUGAAGGCAACAACUACUCUUAUCAAUGAUGGGGUAAAAGGAAGUCCUUCUAAAUCAUCAAAAGAUGAAACUCGUAAAUACGGCUCUCACAGAGAAGCCAUUAGCAACAAGUACGCAGCCAUUAAAGAACAAAGCAAACAAGCAUCAAUUAAUACAAAGAAGCCGGUGGAGCAGAGUAUUGCUUCUGCCAAGGUCUCACUGCUUGAUGCAGGCGAGUCUCAGCCUAGUAAUCCAGCGGUAGGGCCAUCUUCUGGUUUGGCCUCGAAGUUUGCAUCUAUGAAAUCCGGUUUUCAAAGUUUCAAGGCAAAUUUGGGGAACAAAAAGUUUCUCCCCUUGCGCCAAAUUCAGGAGACUAAACUCAUCUCCCGUGUUUCCUCUUCCGAGUCGCUGGAUGAGAUAUUCCAGAGAUUGAAACGGCCGUCUGCAGAUCAUGAGAGUUACAGCGAUGAGGAUGAAAGUGGGAUGGAGAUUAAGAAUUCUGGCUCUUCUGGAUGAUAUUCAACAUUUCAAUAAAGAGGAAAUGAUUUUAUCACCAACAGAAAUCUGAAUUUGAACCCCAAAAAAAUGUACAGGUCUGGAGUGACGACUGAUACCAUACCACGUUAUUAGGUCCCGGGAGAAGGUCGAAAACCACGCACGUUUGCCAGCAGCUAGUUAGAGAGACAAUAUUGACCGAAGUAGAAAUACGUCUGAUGUAUAAUAUAAGGAAAAGAAUAUAGAGGGAUGAUUCGAAUUGGGGAAUUUUGUAAUUUGAUUUUUAUCCUUAAACCAGUAUGUUUUGGUGCUUUACUUCCCCCGCUGCGUAUCUUUAGAACUUGUAACAUUUGAUCACAGAUGCAUUUAUCCUGUAUUCUAAGUACAUGCGAUUUAAUUUGAAUUACAC